GUGAAGUACCAUCUGAAAGUCUCAUAGAAAGUGUGAAUGCAGCACUGAGGGCGAUCCCUACCAUAACGAUCACAGAAACCAAUGAGCUGAUAUACGCUUCAGCAUCAGUGAUCCUGGAGACUCUGGGCUAUAAGAGCAACCAUGGAAGCCAUGAGAUAUGUUACCCACCAUGGAAAAUACGGUUGGAGGCUAAGAUCAAGGCGGCCCGGAAAGAUGUGAGUCAAUUGACGGAGGCCCAGAGAGGUACAUCCAGAUGACCAUACCUGAAGCACUCGAAACUGCCAAACAAAGGCUCCAAGCCUUGUCCAGUCGCCUAAAGCGGUACACGAAAGAGAAUGAGGCCAUACGAAUAAACAGGCUGUUCGCAACACAACUUGCGAAAGUGUACGCUCAGUGGCAGGGUCCUAACAACAGAGCUGACCCACCAAGACUGGAAACUGAAAGGUACUGGAAAGGCAUAUGGGAGAAGGAGGUUGCACAUAACAGCAGUGCACAAUGACUGGUGACCCUGAGAGAGGAGCAACCUCCCUGAACAGAACCCAGUUACCAUAACAGUGGCAGACAUGCAGGAAAGAGUCUCAGAUAUGAAGAACUGGACAGCACCAGGCACGGACAUGGUCCACACCUACUGGCUAAAAAAACUCACAGCACUCCAUGAGCGCCUAGCAGUACAAAUGAACCAGCUGCUGAGGGAUGGGACUCACCCAGAAUGGCUAACCGAAGGUCGAACGAUCCUGAUCAUGAAGGAUCCCUCGAAGGGUGCAGCCCCAUCCAACUAUCGGCCAAUAACCUGUCUCUCCACAACAUGGAAGGUCAUGUCAGGCUAAGAUAAGUGGACACAUGGAUCAAUACAUGAGCAAAGCACAGAAGGGCAUUGAUAGAGAUACCAGAGGAGCCAAACAUCAGCUCCUGGUUGACAGAACAGUCGCACAAGACUGCAGGUCCCGACGUACCAACCUGUGCACAGCUUGGAUUGAUUACAAGAAAGCCUAUGACUCGAUGCCACAUACAUGGAUCACUGAAUGCUUGGAGUUGUAUAAGGUGAACAGGACCCUAAGAGCCUUCGUUGCGAACUCGAUGAGGAUGUGGAAAACCACACUUGAAGCCAAUGGCAAGCCACUUACCCAAGUGUCCAUCAAAUGUGGCAUAUACCAAGGUGAUGCACUCUCCCCACUGCUGUUCUGCAUCGGAUGAACCCACUAAGCCAAGUAAUCACCAAGACAGGCUAUGGAUACCGCCUCAGAAAUGGAGCUACAAUCAGUCACCUCCUCUACAUGGAUGACAUAAAGCUGUAUGCUAAGAGCGAAAGGGACAUAGAUUCCCUGAUCCAUACAACCAGGAUCGACAGCAGCGACAUCGGGAUGUCAUUCGGGCUUGAGAAAUGUAGUCGAAUGGUGACUAAGAGAGGAAGGGUAGUCCGCACUGAAGGGGUCUCACUCCCUGAAGGAACAAUAGCAGACAUUGAGGACAGCUACAAGUACCUUGGUAUACCACAAGCCAAUGGCAACCUCGAACUGGCAACAAGGAAAGCGGCUACGGCCAAAUACCUCCAGCGAGUGAGGCAAGUCCUAAGAAGCCAGCUCAAUGGCAAGAAUAAGACCCGGGCAAUAAACAGCUAUGCCCUGCCAGUGAUCAGAUACCCUGCAGGAAUAAUAAGGUGGCCAAAGGAAGAGAUUCAGACCACGGAUGUUAAGACCCGAAAGCUCCUAACCAUGCAUGGAGGGUUCCAUCCCAAAUCCAGCACCCUGAGACUGUACGCAAGCCGAAAGGAUGGAGGCCGGGGACUAGUGAGUGUGAGAGCCACUGUCCAGGAUGAAACAUCCAAGCUCCAUGAAUACAUCAAGGAGAAGGCUCCAACGGAUGACGUACUCAGAGAAUGUCUCAGACAAUGGGGAACAGAAGAUGAGGCGCUGGAAGAGGGACCAUCAUGGGAGGACAAGCCCCUACACGGGAUGUACCACCGGACCAUAACUGAAGUGGCUGAUCUCAAGAAGUCCUAUCAGUGGCUAGAGAGGGCUGGCCUGCAGGACAGCACAGAGGCACUCAUCCUGGCUGCUCAGGAGCAGGCCUUGAGCACCAGAGCCAUCGAGGCCCAGAUAUACCACACCAGACAAGACCCAAGGUGUAGGUUGUGCAAAGAGGCACCUGAGACGAUCCAACACAUAACUGCAGGGUGUAAGAUGCUGGCAGGGAAAGCCUACAUGGAACGCCAUAACCAGGUGGCUGGCAUAGUCUACCGAAACAUCUGUGCCGAGUAUGGACUGGAAACCCCAAGGUCAAAAUGGGAAACACCUCCGAAGGUGGUGGAGAAUGACAGAGCGAAGAUCCUGUGGGACUUCCAGAUCCAGACUGACAAGAUGGUAAUGGCGAACCAACCAGAUAUCAUGAUCAUUGAUAAAGGACAGAGGAAAGCCGUUGUAGUGGAUGUAGCGGUCCCAAGUGAUGGAAACAUCAGGAAGAAGGAACAUGAGAAACUCGAGAAAUACCAAGGGCUCCGAGAGGAGCUGGAGAGAGCCUGGAAGGUAAAGGUGACAGUCGUGCCUGUGGUGGUCGGAGCACUCGGGGCAGUGACCCCCAAACUAGAUGAGUGGUUGCAACAGAUCCCGGGAACAACAUCGGACAUCUCAGUCCAGAAAUGUGCAGUGCUGGGAACAGCAAGGAUACUGCGCAGAACCCUCAAGCUUCCUGGCCUCUGGUAGAGGACCCGAGCUGAAUGAGGGACGGACACCACCCGAGGGGUGAGAUGAGGAUUAUAUAUAAAAUCUUCAGGAUUAUAUAUAAAAUCUUCAUGCAGAGAAUGAAGAUCAGCCACUUCAGUUAUGGUCCGGUGGUACAUCCCGUGUAGGGGCUUGUCCUCCAAUGAUGGUCCCUCUUCCAGCGCCUCAUCUUCUGUUCCCCAUUGUCUGAGACAUUCUCUGAGUACGUCAUCCGUUGGAGCCUUCUCCUUGAUGUAUUCAUGGAGCUUGGAUGUUUCAUCCUGGACAGUGGCUCUCACACUCACUAGUCCCCGGCCUCCUUCCUUUCGGCUUGCGUACAGUCUCAGGGUGCUGGAUUUGGGAUGGAACCCUCCAUGCACGGACGCGAAAGGCACGCCCCUAGCAGGUACCAGUCGCCAAUGAGUGAAGGGUGAGCGUGUAAGAGGUGAAGAGAAAAACGUGAGUACAUUGUAAAAUGGCUAAAUAAAGUACAAACGAACUCAGUUUUGCUUCCUUUGCCUUUAUAAAAACGUGUUUUAAGCAUGCGUGCAUGCAUGCCAAAUGUUUAAACUGGCUUGUGUUUUACCAUUUCUGGCUGCGCCCAAU